UGAUCGGGUUAGGUAGGUCGGCCACCGAUCUGGGAUAUCAAAACUGAAAACAACCUCGCUCCAGUUUCAUCAGCCAUGUUGCGCUUGAGACCAAUCUCGGAUUUGGACCCGGACGAUCCCCGACGGUGGACGAAGCCUAAGAGUAAUUUAGAGCGGCAUUGCUGGGAGGAAGGUUUUGUUUCUAUUGAGCUAGCUGAAUUCAUAAGAUAUCAAAGGAAGAAAUUUGGGAGGCGACAAGUAUACCGGCCUUCGGAGGCAGAACAAAAGAAAAACUAUGGGCGCUGGCUCCCUAGCCUAAUUACUGCAAGUUGUAUUGAUGAUGAACCUGCUCCUUCGAAGAGAAAAGCAAUCGACUUUGGUGUAGCUCCUACUGCUCCUCCGAAGAAAAGAGCAAUGGGUGUUCCUUCUGCUGGUUCCGCGUUCAAGGAUUGUAACUCUUGUGGUGUCACCCACUGGCGUCAACAGUGUCCAUAUCGUGUUCCGCGUGGUGCUCCGGAGGAGUCGACAGAACCAAAAUCUGCUGUUGGCACUGACAACACUUCUCCCCAGACCUAAGAUCAAUCACUGAGUCUCACCCUUUUGUAAGCUGUGUUUGCUGUGGUCUGUAUUUAUUUGGCAACUCAGUCAACUCCUUUUGAAGUCAUAUUUCUAUGUAUGUAUGGGUACUGUGUUAAAUCUGCGAUCAGCCCCUCGCAGUACUAGCUAAGUUUUUAAUGUCAACAUGCUCCGCAAGACGGAAUGCUGUUGGGUCUGACAACAGUUCAUGCGAGACCUAAGUUCAAUCACAACUUGCACUCUGUAAGCUGUGUUUGCUUUCCUCGGUCAUGAACUCCUUUUGAUGGUGCAUAUAUAUUUUGUGUGGGAACUGUGUUAAUCCUAAAUCUGUGACCAGUCGUUUGCAGUAAUAGCUUGGUGUUUAAUGUCAAUGUGUAUGGUGUUUUUCCUGUUAAGUUAUUGUGUGAUUUCUGAUGCUA